AUUGAACAUAGUUUCAUCAAUUCAGUCUCGUAUUGGCACCGUCCCGAAACCUAUUCGGCAUGUGCCACAGUGUGGACAUGACUGGCCGACCACAAAUGGUGUUGAUAUUCGCGAAGCAAUGUUAACUUCUCGUUUCUCCAUCCCUCGGUGGCUCUACAGCUUCGACAGGCACCAAUUUGGACAUCUGGAUCCUACCUCACUACCACGCGUUCAUGGCCAACAUGCGGACUUCCCUGGUGCUAGGACUCCUUGGUGCUCUACUCCAUCAGACCCAAGCCGUGCCCACGUCCACUGUCAAGGAAGUGGAACUUGAGGCCCGCCAAAAUAAUCCAUUGGGUCUGGUUGUCGCCAAUAUCGAAAAUCUACUCAACGAGACGGUGACGAACCCACCGACGAACAAUCUGUUUGGGAGAAUCGAGGACAGUCUGAAAGCAGUCACAAGCACAGCAGUCCCAGUUAGUCUACCAGCAGCAUUUAACGAUCUUCAAAACAUUCUCGUUGGAGGUGCGAAGCCAUCGAACAUUUACGGCUACGUUGCCAGCUUGGUUUCAGCUGGACUGUCUAAGGACAACAUUCCAGACUUGCUCAACUUUGUCAAAGGUGUCGGGUCAAGUGCACAGGCGAAUGGAGAGAACAGCUUCAACAACGUGAAUCCCAUACAGCCAGCUACAAACAUCUACCCCAAGGCCAACCCGCAGGACGCCCCAUACUCGCUUUCAGAAGAGUCUCUCCGAGCAGCGAUUCACAUUCCAUCGAGCUUCCAGUAUGGCAGGAGCGGAGCACCUAAUCCCAUUAUCUUGACGCCGGGGACUGGCGCGACAGGCUAUCUCACUUUCAUCGGCAACAUGAUCCCUCUCUUGCAGGGCUCUUCCAUCGCAGACCCCGUCUGGCUGAACAUCCCCGGAUACCUCCUCGGAGACGUUCAGCAAAAUGCCGAGUACGUGGCAUAUGCGGUCAACUACAUCUCUGGCAUCAGUGGCAACCGAAAUGUCUCCGUGGCGGGAUGGUCACAGGGAAGCCUUGACGGGCAAUGGGCCUGGAAAUACUGGCCAUCCGCACGCAGACUGGUCACAGACUUCAUCACCUUUUCCGGAGACUUCGCUGGUAGCAUUUUCGGCACCUUCCUCGCUACGCCCGGAAUUCCCUUGCCGCCGGCCUAUGUCCAACAAGCAGCCGGCUCCAACUUCAUCAACACCCUUCGAUCAAACGGUGGAGAUAGCGCUUACGUCCCCACCACCUCCAUCUACUCCAGCUUCUUCGACGAAAUCGUCCAACCCCAAACCGGUACCGCAGCCUCCGCCUUCAUCCGCGAUGCUCGCAACGUGGGUGUCUCCAAUACCGAAGUCCAACAAGUCUGCUCCGGCGCUCCUGCCGGAAGCCUUUACACUCACGAAGGAGUCAUGUAUAAUCCUUUGUCUUUCGCUCUUCUCCAGGAUGCUCUCGCGCACCCCGGUCCCGGUCAGGUGUCGAGAAUUCCGAAUUUGCAGCAACUGUGCGAGAAUUUCCUCGCGCCGGGCUUGGGUUUGACGGAUUUCUUGUUGACCGAAAAUUCUAUCGUCGCGGCUGUGCUGACUACCGUCACGUAUCCGCAAAAGGUCAUUGUGGAGCCGCCGAUCAAGGCAUAUGCCCAGUGAUGUGACUAUUUGAAAAACAAGCGGAAAGAUGUAUAUGUAAUGAUUGUGGUGACAAGAUCCGUGUCUACCUGGUAGUAACAGCACCAACCGCCAGCUUGUUAAAUUUAAGGUAGCAGAAUAAUGUACAUACGACAACAGUAACUUGUGCUUCUAUUUCCUGGC